UUGCAGCUCUGCCGAGGGAGAGCUCAGUUUUCUGCCCAUUAAAGGAUUAAGUUCGCCACAAUGGUAAACAAUCCCUCCUGUUUCUUUUCCCUUGCAAUCACCCUUUGCGUCCUGCUGGAAGAAGGCCUGGGCCUCCCUCCGGCAGAGCCUCACCUGGCAGCAGGCAACAGCAGGCACCUGAGGACCAAGCGCUGUUCCUGCCUCAACUGGAUGGACAAAGAGUGCGUUUACUUCUGUCACCUGGAUAUUAUCUGGAUCAACACGCCAGGCCACUCCACACCCUACGGUCUGGGUAAUACACAAAGGCGUCGGAAGAGAUCACUCAGCAGGUGCGAGUGCUCACAUUCAAAGGACAGUGUCUGUGCGACCUUCUGCCAUGGCAAGCCUUGGGAUUUCAGAAAACCACGGCUUACCAUGAACACGGGGCUGCUGGUGAAACUUCUCCAGAGCCGUAGUGCGAAGCCCGGCAAGACAAACUUCUGAAAGU